AUGGAUUCGCCAAAGCAGCUUUACCCAGCCUGGGCCCCGGGAUCACCUCAGAUGCCCAGUGAAGAGAAUUCCCAGGAAGGUUCAGCUGCCUCUCAAACUAUCUCCGAAGUAUUAAUAAAGAACCUCAGUAAAUUGACUCUCGACCCCAGUAUCAAACUCCCUUCCCCUCUACCAGAAUACCCAUCCCAACAGCAGGGCAGAGAGAAGAAACCACAGGGGCUGGUUGAGCGCAACCUCAGCAGUAGGAGGAGGACUGGAGUAAGGACUUUGGUAACUGCUCGGAAAGAAAGGAUGGCAAGGAUGAUGCGACUGAUUCAGUACCAGCGAUACCUCAGCCCGGGGCCCCAGCUUCAAAAAGAUCUACAGCAGAAGGAAGCUGAGGAGGGUGAAUCAAGAGUGGAAAGAUGUAGACGUAGCCGUCAUCACUGCCUGUAUCAUAAAGAUCUUUCUGAGGACACCAGCAUGGAGAAUAAUUAUGACACAGAGCCUAUGUAA